GUGCUGCGCCUCCUGGGCGCCUGCGCCGCCAUCGGCUCCCUGGACCUGGAGCGCCCCGGCGACGGCAAGUGCCAGCCCAUCGACAUCCCGAUGUGCCAGGACAUCGGCUACAACAUGACCCGCAUGCCCAACCUCAUGGCGCACGAGAACCAGCGCGAGGCGGCCAUCCAGCUGCACGAGUUCGCGCCGCUGGUGGAGUACGGCUGCCACCGCCACCUGCGCUUCUUCCUCUGCUCGCUCUACGCGCCCAUGUGCACCGAGCAGGUCUCCGCGCCCAUCCCCGCCUGCCGCGUCAUGUGCGAGCAGGCCCGGCUCAAGUGCUCGCCCAUCAUGGAGCAGUUCCACUUCCAGUGGCCCGACUCGCUGGACUGCCGCAAGCUGCCCAACCAGAACGACCCCAACUACCUGUGCAUGGAGGCGCCCAGCAACGCCUCCUCCUCCUCCUCCUCCGAGGAGCCGGGCCUCUUCCCCCCGCUCUUCAGGCCGCACCGGCCCCCCCACGAGCCGCAGCAGCCCCAGGACUCGACCCCCGGGCGGCCCGGGCUCUGCGCCAACCCGGGCAAGUUCCACCGCGUGGAGAAGAGCGGCUCGUGCGCCCCGCUGUGCGCGCGCGGCGUGGACGUGUACUGGAGCCGGCGCGACAAGCGCUUCGCCGCGGCCUGGCUGGCCGUGUGGUCGGUGCUGUGCUUCUUCUCCAGCGCCUUCACCGUGCUCACCUUCCUCCUGGACCCCGCGCGCUUCCGCUACCCCGAGAGGCCCAUCAUCUUCCUCGCCAUGUGCUGCUGCGUCUACUCGGUGGGCUACAUCAUCCGGCUCUUCGCGGGCGCCGAGAGCAUCGCCUGCGACCGGGACGGCGGGCAGCUGUACGUGAUCCAGGAGGGCCUGGAGAGCACCGGCUGCACGCUGGUCUUCCUGCUGCUGUACUACUUCGGCAUGGCCAGCUCGCUCUGGUGGGUCAUCCUCACCUUCGCCUGGUUCCUGGCGGCCGGCAAGAAGUGGGGCCACGAGGCCAUCGAGGCGCACAGCAGCUACUUCCACCUGGCGGCCUGGGCCAUCCCCGCCGUGAAGGCCAUCCUGGUGCUGGUGAUGCGGCGCGUGGCGGGCGACGAGCUCACGGGCCUGUGCUACGUGGGCAGCAUGGACGUGGGCGCCCUCACGGGCUUCGUGCUGGCCCCGCUGGCCUGCUACCUGGUGCUGGGCACCUCCUUCAUCCUGUCGGGCUUCGUGGCCCUCUUUCACAUCCGCCGGGUGAUGAAGACGGGCGGGGAGAACACGGACAAGCUGGAGAAGCUCAUGGUACGCAUCGGGCUCUUCUCCGUGCUGCACACGGUCCCGGCCACCUGCGUCCUGGCCUGCUACUUCUACGAACGCCUCAACAUGGAGCACUGGCGGGCGCAGGCCCAGCAGCGGCCCUGCCGGACGGACGGCCACUCCCGCAGCCCCGACUGCCUGCUGGCCGCCUCCAUCCCCGCCGUGGAGAUCUUCAUGGUGAAGGUGUUCAUGCUGCUGGCCGUGGGCAUCACCAGUGGCAUGUGGGUGUGGACCUCCAAGACGCUGCAGUCCUGGAGGACUGUCUGCAGCCGCAGCCUCCGGAGGAAGAGCCGGAGGAAGCCGGCCAGUGCGCUGGGCUGUGGGAUUUACAAAAAGGCUCAGCACCCCCCCAAAACUCACCCGGGCAAAUACGAGCUCCCGGCCCAGUCCCCCAGCCUGGUGUGA